AUGAGUCUACAAAUUAUGGUUGCAUCGAUACAGUCCCUCGGGCCGAUUAACAUUAGAAACCUAAUUAAGAAACCAUUUGGAACUCAUCUAAAUCCGGGGCUGCUAACGUUCGAGAACAUUUACUACACGUCAGGGUAUACUUUGACGAAUUUAGAUUCACAGGAACCAAGCGUUGCACGACGAAUAAAGUCAUUGAUUCAUACUGGGCCCUUCAACUGGACGGUGUUAGGAUACGUCUUGACCCACAAAGGAGAAAUGAAAGCCACAUCUGAAUUUUGCUUGCUGGGUACUCCAAAAAAGAAAAAGAAAUUGACUUAUUGUGGAAUUCCGGACAUUGAUUUAGUGAUGGGAGAAGCGACAGACAAAAUUAAAAUUAAACGAGGAUGUCAAAAAACUACACCAGUGGUAAAGCAAUCCUGCUAUUCUGAAGGUUACCAUACGCUUAUUGUGGAAAGUGAAAUCCUUCAACCGCCUACGACUUGUAAAAAAUACUUGGAAACGAUACAUAUACGGCUAAUUCAAGAGUACGCAAUUAUUCUCGAAAUUUGGAACCUGAGAAUGACCAAUCGCUCGUACGAAAAUAUGCAUGAGGAGAAAGGAAACAUUGCUCCUCGCGUAGCCAACCAUUUGCAUGAUUUACUAAAAUACGAGUUAACCAACUCAAAAUUAGGAUUUCUAAUUCAUCAGAUCAAUUGUCCGAUGGUGCCAGUCGAUUACAUUACUGUUCUAACUCAUUUGUUUGGCGUUAUCGCAAAUCACAUAUUUCGUAGCAUGGAAGUUCAAACUGAAAAACAGUCAUUUGUUGAUGCUAUAACCGCAUUUCAUGUAUCAUUGGACUUUUGUAAUUUGUCAUUGCCUCAAAAUUUUACCAGCCUCAACAAAUCUAGCUUAAUGAAAACAACAAAUACCAAUACUACAAAAACGUGCCAAAUCUUGAAUGAUACAAAAUUAUUCAUAGUGCCGGAAAGUAGUUUGGAGUAUUUGGAGCUUCCUUUCGUCAACUUUUUCCCACACUUGUUAAACUUACUAAUGACAAAAUGUUCUGACAAAUUCUCGUUCAAAGAAUAUUUUUAUCAAAAGGUUCACAACUUUCUCUCCCAUUCCAGGUUGGACUGGAAUGCAAUUUAUGAAGUUGGAUUAAAUGGAUUGAAUAUUGGACAAAUUGAGCAACAAAUUUUGCACUGCUUGAGCAAUGUUGGACAAUCCACUACGAAUUCUACGACUAGAGAUUUUAAUAAUAAUGCCACAGUAGAAUUUUAAGAUGCUUCGUACCCUUCGACUUAUAAAACAGUGGAGUAAAUGCAUAUCUUAACAUGUUAGAUAUUAAGGAUUCAAUUGUAAUUGAGAGUUAGCUUGUAUUAGCGGUUACGUAAAUCAUUAUUAUAAUACUAUGUAUAAC